AUCAGGCAGAAUCUGAGCGGGAGCGCGCAUCCGAGAACGCGCACGCGUUCAGCACCAAGGACAGCGGAGAUCGCGGCGAGCCUCAGGUCACCAGACUCGAAUGGAGCCACGCCAAAAACUGGGAAAUAGAGGAUUUUUUUAAAGGGGGAAAAUUAAACCGAUUACACCAACGCUCUGGACUUUUCUAAAUCACAUAUAUAUUCCUGAUUGUGAUUUUUUUGGCUGCUUAUUGGAGGAGCAUGAAUCUUUGAGGGAAAUAUCAACAGGAGCGUCACCAUUCCAAGGCGAGUUUAUUUUUUAAUACAGCUUUACCUGAUCAUCAAAAAAAGAGACUGAGAAACCAUCCACAUCCCUAAACAUACCUAAUCAGAUCGAUGUGAUCGCAUUCCUGUGCUUGAUAAGUUCUCCAUCAUUAGGAACCCGGGUCCAUUAGGCUGUCUGAUCGACGGAGCCUGUGCAGGACAGCUCGCUGAUCCGCGCGGAUCCAGAGGCAGACGGCAAACAUGCGUCUGGUUCUCUUCGCCUUCCUCGUGUCUUGCUCGUGCGCACGGGGCGGCUGCGAGCCCAAGAUCGUCAACAUCGGCGCCGUGUUGAGCCAGAAGCGCUACGAACAGGUGUUCAAGGACGCGGUGACCCAGGCCAACAACAUCUACGGCAAAGACAAGUUCAAGAUGAACGCGAUCUCCGUCACUCACAAACCCAACGCCAUUCAGAUGGCACUGUCCGUGUGUGAGGAUCUCAUCUCAAACCAGGUCUAUGCCAUUUUGGUUAGUCAUCCUCCCCAGUCCAAUGACCAUCUAACGCCGACCCCAGUGUCCUACACAGCUGGAUUCUAUCGCAUACCUGUAGUGGGACUGACCACCCGCAUGUCCAUCUACUCAGACAAGAGCAUCCAUCUGUCAUUCUUGCGCACGGUGCCUCCUUACUCCCACCAGGCCCAGGUGUGGUUUGACAUGAUGCGCGAGUUCCGCUGGAAUCACAUCAUCCUGAUCGUGAGCGAUGACCACGAGGGCCGCGCGGCUCAGAAGAAACUGGAGACGCUCCUGGAGGAGAGGGAGACGAAGAGUAAAAACAGGAACUAUGAAAACCUCGACCAACUGUCCUAUGACAACAAGCGAGGACCCAAGGCAGAGAAAGUGCUCUUGUUCAGCCAAGACACAAAUCUGACUGCACUGCUCCAGGAGGCCAGAGAGCUGGAGGCCAGAGUCAUCAUCCUGUCUGCCAGCGAGGACGAGGCAGCGGCCAUUUACAAAGCAGCUCGCCAGCUCAACAUGACCGGCUCUGGUUACGUGUGGCUGGUGGGGGAAAGGGAGAUGUCUGGUAAAGCUCUAAGUGAAGCUCCAGAUGGCUUGCUCGGCCUCCAGCUGAUCAACGGAAAGAACGAGUCGGCGCACAUCUACGACGCCGUGGCAGUGGUGGCACAGUCCAUCCAGGAGCUCUUUGAGAAGGAGAACAUCACCGAGCCUCCGAAAGGCUGCGUGGGCAACACAAACAUCUGGAAGACUGGGCCGCUCUUCAAACGAGUACUGAUGUCAUCCAAGUAUCCAGAUGGCCUCACAGGCCGCGUGGAGUUUAAUGAUGACGGAGACAGGAGGUUCGCCCACUACAGCAUUCUCAACUACCAGAAGACCCGGUUGGUCCAAGUGGGCGUCUAUAACGGCUCGCAGGUCAUGAUGAACACGCAGAGGAAGAUCAUUUGGCCAGGAGGAGACACUGAGAAGCCGAGAGGUUAUCAGAUGUCAACAAGAUUGAAGAUUGUCACCAUUCAUCAAGAGCCGUUUGUGUACGUGAAGCCGACGCUGCGAGACGGGACAUGUAAAGAGGAAUACACCGUAAAUGGAGUCCUGAUCAAAAAAGUGAUCUGCACUGGGCCCAACGAGACAAUUCCUGGUCGUCCCAUAGUGCCUCAGUGCUGCUAUGGGUUUUGCAUCGACCUCUUGAUCAAACUCGCAAUGACAAUGAACUUCACCUACGAAGUGCACCUAGUGGCUGAUGGGAAAUUUGGCACCCAGGAGCGUGUGAAUAACAGCAAUAAGAAGGAGUGGAACGGCAUGAUGGGAGAGCUGCUGGGUGGCUUGGCAGACAUGAUUGUGGCUCCACUUACCAUCAAUAACGAACGAGCCCAGUACAUCGAGUUCUCCAAACCGUUUAAGUACCAGGGGCUCACCAUCCUUGUCAAAAAGGAAAUACCUCGCAGUACGCUGGACUCGUUCAUGCAACCCUUUCAGAGCACUCUGUGGUUACUGGUGGGUCUUUCGGUCCAUGUUGUGGCGGUGAUGCUCUACCUAUUAGACCGUUUCAGCCCAUUUGGAAGGUUUAAAGUGAAUAGUGAAGAGGAAGAAGAGGACGCCCUCACCUUAUCCUCUGCCAUGUGGUUCUCUUGGGGGGUACUUUUGAACUCCGGUAUUGGAGAAGGUGCCCCACGGAGCUUUUCGGCGAGGAUUUUAGGUAUGGUGUGGGCUGGUUUUGCUAUGAUUAUAGUUGCAUCUUAUACUGCCAAUUUGGCAGCCUUCCUAGUGUUGGAUCGGCCUGAGGAGCGCAUUACCGGCAUCAACGACCCUAGGCUGCGAAAUCCAUCAGACAAGUUCAUCUACGCCACGGUGAAGCAAAGCUCUGUGGACAUUUACUUCCGGCGUCAAGUUGAGCUGAGCACCAUGUACCGCCACAUGGAAAAGCACAACUACGAGAGCGCCGCUGAGGCCAUCCAGGCUGUGCGAGACGGCAAACUCCAUGCUUUUAUCUGGGAUUCAGCUGUGUUGGAGUUUGAAGCCUCGCAGAAGUGCGACCUGGUCACCACGGGAGAGUUGUUCUUCCGUUCGGGCUUUGGCAUCGGCAUGCGUAAAGACAGCCCUUGGAAGCAGAAUGUUUCCCUGGCCAUUCUCAGCUCUCAUGAGAAUGGGUUCAUGGAGGACCUGGAUAAAACUUGGGUGAGAUACCAGGAGUGUGACUCCAGGAGCAAUGCCCCAGCCACACUCACCUUUGAGAAUAUGGCAGGCGUGUUUAUGUUGGUGGCUGGCGGCAUCGUCGCCGGGAUCUUCCUCAUCUUCAUCGAGAUUGCGUACAAGCGACACAAAGACGCUCGCAGGAAGCAGAUGCAGUUGGCCUUUGCAGCGGUUAAUGUCUGGAGGAAGAACCUGCAGGAUAGGAAAAGUGGUAGAGCAGAGCCCGACCCCAAAAAGAAAGCCUCUUUUAGGUCCAUCAGUACCAACCUGGCCUCCAACAUCAAGAGACGUAGGUCCUCCAAAGACACGCCAUAUCCCACGGACAUCACCGGCCAGCUCAACCUGUCCGACCCCUCCGUCAGCACGGUGGUGUGAACGCAGACGAGAGAGCGAAAAAAAAGAGAGCUAGACAUAAUGAGAGUGCGACAGGGAGAUGGUUGGCGGGGGUUGACUGAAAUUGUGCCAGACCUGCUGAUCCCUUUCUAUCAACAACAUCGCCGUCUGAGCCAACAACAUGCUCAUCUGAAAAAAAAAAACACCACACACACACACACACACACACACACACACACACACACACACACACACACACACACAAUCCUGCACCCUCCUCCAUCUUCCUCCCCAGGCCUCUUCGAACAUGCCCAGGACACGACUGUGACACGUAAAAGAAACUGCCAAAAAGAACGAAAAAAAGCCCUAGGAGCUGAAAUGUACUGCCGCAAUACGCCCUUACAUGCCCCACACACGCAAACACCCAGCUUCAUUUUCCCACACUUUCUACACUCAUAAAGCAUGCUCAUAGCUGCAGGCGUUAUUAUAAAUUUAUUAGGAAGUUACUUCUAUUUAUCUUAGGCUUGGCUAGCAUACUUCCGUUCGAUUCAUUCAGUGGUCACUCUACCUCCACUUCUCCACAUAUUAAAAUAUAUGUAGCUGAUUUAAACACUUUAAACUUUGACUAAAUUUCAUGUUUCAUUUGCAAGGACAUUUUUGUAUAUUGUAUAUUGCUGAUGUAAAAUAUACCUCUGAUUGCUAUUUGUAUUGUUAUUAGACUAGGCAAUAGAUAAAUGGUACAUGUAGAGUAGAUUAAAGGAUAAAUCCACCCUGGACGAUUUGUACACUAACCUUAAUAAUUAACCUGAGCUUCAACAAUGAACUUUUUCAUUAACAUGUCCGUGUAUGUCUACUUUAACUUUCCUGUUACCCACAAUGCAGUUUGACUACCUACUAAUAGUGUUGUAGUAGGAUUUAGCCCCUUGUUUCAAAUCUACCUAAAGAGAACGAUGCAGCGGCGCUUUAGUCCUUUAGUCUGUCCAACUCUCUCGCAUCCACAUCUGUGCCCUCAGCUCAGCUUCGAAGGAUUUUAACUUUCACGCUAAUACAAACGUCAAUGCUCGACAUCUCGUAGAUCGCCGACUAGCCGAGCCGAGACUGGGACGGCAAUGUUUGCGCCAACGUGUCUACUACUUCUGUGCUCGAUUUCUCAUUAAAUGUAGAAAAUGCUGAGCGAGAAAUGAAGCUCUUGCACUUUUUAUAAGCUAACAGCUAAACCUGAGCGUUAUCGUUUAUGAUUGUUUUUUCUCAUCUAUUAAACGCCGCUGUAACCUCACUAGCAAUGUCCUGCUAAUAAUGACAUCAGAACAACACACGACAGCUAACAUCCCACACAACUAACGAAAAAAAACCCAGCACCGACCAACAAACUAGCACUAGAGUCGCUCAUUUAUAGUCACGUCCCAAAGAUUUUGAUAUAAACGUUGAAUAUGUUUCAGGGUGGAGCUUUCCUUUGUGCACUACUGUAAAUAAUGCUGUAGGUAUUAUCCAGGUCCUUGUAUCUUGCAGUUUUUGAAUCAUUUCAUUUCUCUCUCCAUUGCUUUCUCCCAAAAAAAACAACAACAAAAAAAAAAAACCUUUCUCUGACAUGAUCUGGAUCUGUUAAGCCAACAAAACUGUGGAUCAAUUUACUUCUCUUUGUUGUUUUUUUUUCUAUGUCAUUUUUUUCCACAUGCUCCGAUCUUUCUUUACAAUAAGUCAUGUGUUCGAGUCUUUUCAGAAGGUGCAAAAUGUAGCAGAUUAUCAUUUUUUUUAAAGCUUUGAGACUCGCGAAAGAUGAACACGCGAAAGGGACCCAAAAUACAGUAAGUGGCGUAAAUCCAAUAACACAGCUAUUAUUACAGGACGUUUUGAGUGGAUGGUUUUAAUAUUGAAUUCUGCUUGAAAUGCUCUGUAAUGAUUUCUGUAGCGUCGUGUGACGUCCUCCUACCCAAAGGGUACCUUUCGUACUACAAACAGGAUUGUGUGUUAAUGUAAAUCAGUGCUGUAUUAUGGUUGUUUAUUAAUAUAGAUGGCGGUGGAAGUAAUCUUACAUUUCUACGUUCCUUGAAUCGGCUUCAGCUUUCGUUUUUUUUGGGGGGGCUAAAUGAUCAACUACAGGAAGAUCUUUUGCAUUUUGUGACUCGUACUAGUACACACGGUGAAUGGUAGUAAUGCUCGGACACCGUAUAGCACUUUUGUCUUAAAACAAUCUUUCCGAGGGCUUUGAUGUGAAAAUAUAUUUUGUAAGCUGGGAAUAUUACAUGAAGUGUGUAAUUAAUUCAUUUAUUUGAUUUAAUCAUUUUUUUUUUUUUGCUGAGGUUCUACAGCAUAUGGUAGAGACUGUAUCAAGUGGACGUUUGUACGCUGUCAGUACGCUGCCAAGCUUGUACUGUGAAAUUCCUGCAAUGCUUCAAGCGUUUGCAUAUAGUCAGUCGAAAUGAAGUGCGAGCAAUGGAUAAAUAUGCUUUCCUGAUUUAUCACAUAAGGAGAAAUGAUAUUUAUUGUGAUUGUAGCGGAAAUCCUUCAGGAUGCCCUACAGAUUUGAGGAGUAAUGUGCUAAUAUGUUAACAACAAACAGCUAUGUAACCUGUCCAAUCUGACACAAACAUUGUGAUUUUUGAUCUCUAGACGAUUUUAAUAUAGAUACAUCCAGGUCUCGUUGUUUUUUUUAAUCACCAAAUGUGCUUUUGAAGGCCAGUCCUACUCUGUGAGAUGAUAAAAUACCAAUAUAUGUUCAAAACUUAUACUCUCAUGUGCCAAUAAAAGUAUGUAAG